AUGGGCGAUGAAAAUGCUUGGGUAUUUGAUUCUUUAAUAUGCUUUUUACACGGACCUGUAUGGAAUGCACCUAUUUUGAACUUUAUAGAAGAGAAAUCUAUAAUUUUCGAUCCAAAUAACGAAGAUCACGACAAUGAAGAAUUUGGACGAUUACACCAUGAAUAUAAAAAUUUGGUAGAUUUUAUGUUAGGCAGUUUCAUGGAAGAGAUGUGCAUAUCUCCUGAACAAUUUGAGAUAGCUUGUUUGGAAGGUAAAAGCGAACAGGAUCAUGGAUUACCGUUGCCAUUUCAAAAAGGCUUGUUCCAGCAGAUAUGGGCUGCCAAUGAUUUAAAUAAAUUCAUUGAUAUGAUGAAGAAAAGAAAUAUAGAAAUUCAAUUGCAAGCCUUAGAACUAAUUGAAAGAAAACGCGAUCCUAAAUCUUGUAUAACGUCUGAAGAUGAAGCAUUAAAAGAGAUAAUUGAGCAAGAUAUUGACGAAACAAGUUUAAUAAAUGAGGUUUCAGCUGAAUCUAUCCAAAUUGCAAAAUUAUUAGAUGAUGAAGCGGUAUUAAAAAAUAAAUGUACGGAAGAGAAUACCAGCCAUGAAUCUUCAAUGAAUAAUACAAUAAAAAAUCUAACAUUCAAUAAAAAAAUAGAUGCUUCAGAGUUAGAUGAGCGAAAAAAAUAUUUAAAUGCGCAACGUGAUAAACUUAUCGCUUUAAAAAGGCAAAUUAGAUCCAAGAAACUCGUAGAAAAUGAAAUAAUGGCAAGUAGACCAAUGUCCUCUAAAGUUCAACAAAUAAUAAAUGGUACAGCAAGAGUGGAUGAUCAGUCAGAAUUACAAGAUAUAGAUAAAAAUCAAUUAAACAUAACAUUACGUAAAACACUGGCAAACAGAUUAAAACAAGAAGUUGUAAAGGCCGAUCAACAAUCCAGCAGCAGCAGCAGUACUAAAACAUAA